AUUCAGAAACAACAGAAGAUGAAGGUGGAGACCAAUUCGAGACCAAAGAAAUUUGUGGUGAUGUUGCAGACCAGGCUGUCCCUGGUGUGAUGGACAAACGUGAAGAGGAUAAAACAGCAACACAUGGACAUGAAAAUCACUCCAAAAGAAGUCAGUCAGAAGAUUUUUCAAGAGAAUCUCCCCCACAAAUUCUUCCACCUCCUUCCCCAAGACUGGUCAAACGUACUUCCCCUUCUCCGAUGCAAAGUCGCUCUGGUGCAACGACUCCUAUCAGCCUGCGUAAGAAAACUGUUGUGCCAACUGAAUACCAGGACACAGUUCCUGGGGAGUUUGAAGAAAAGGUCAAGCAGCCAAAAAGUGUGUUUCUAGGAGGCACCCCAGACUCCCGGCCACAGACUCCACUGAGCGAGUGCUCCCGGAAAGAGUUUACCCUUAGACCUUCUCCAAAACUUACAAGAGCAAGUUCUAAAGUUUUUGAGAAGGUCCGUGGCUUAGAGGAACGCAGACGAAGUCUUGAUAUUCCAGAAGGUUCCAUCUCGGGAAGGUCUUGGGCAGGGUUUAAUCGUGCGGGAUCUGUAGAUUCAGAUGACGGUGGAAGCCGGUUGGGUAUCUCCAGGGAAAGUUCAAGGGAAGAUCUUAGAGAGGCUCUGAAAGAAGAUGCAGCCGAACGGAGAUCAAUGUUUAAACAGAGGGCUGCUUCACUGGAGGAGAAACCUCGCUAUUCUCAAAAAGUUCAGGACAUAGAAAACAAGUUCACGGAGGAGCUACAGCGCAUCAAAAAACUUGUAGGAAAACCCCAUCUGAAAAAAUCAUUUUCAACUGAACAACUCACACUAAAGGGAAAGCACCGCCAGCCUCUAAGAAAAAUUGAGCCCAUUCCACCACAAGUCCUACAAAAGUUGCAAGAAAGGGAACGUGUGCAGUGGGCGAAGGAACAGAGAGAGAGGGAACUCAGCCAGCAACCAAUGCAGCAACAAGAACUACAACAAUCCCAUUUACAAAAAGCAACAAAUACUGGUUCAUCAAGAGAAGGUAGAUUUAGAGAGAUUACAGGCCCCCCAGAGUCAGUGCAGCUAUCUGACUUGCCAGGACAACGAUCAGUGCGAGAAUUAAACAGAGUCAGUCCAGUAACAGAAAUCAUUCAAAGAACAUCAUCACCAGCAUUACAUCAACAACAGAGAGAAGAAUUCCCAAAUGUUGCAAUGACAUUACGGAAGGUUGAACGAAGGCCACCAAGUCCACUUGUUCAGAGAGUAUCUCGAAUGCAAGAAUCCCCACACAUCCAAGAAAACAAUGAUGGUUCAGGAAGAAAAACACCAAUGGAAGUAGCUGUACGAAAAAUUGAGAACAGACCUGAAAGUCCUUUGGUCCAGAAAAGAACAGUCCCGGUGCAAGAAAUUUCUCUUCAACCUCCCCUGAAACCCUCAAAAGUAGCAUCAGUCACUUCAACGGAAGAGAAAAUGGAGGUGGAGCUAUCCAAACCAGCCUCAAAGUUAAAAGUUCCUUCAAUAGUUAUUGAAGAUGAAAAAAUGGAAGAAGAUGUUACUACAAAGAUAAGUGAGCCCUCGCAGAUGAGUGCUGUUUCCAAAGAGCGCAAACAGCUGAAGAUUAAAGGAAAGAACCGUCGCCCUCGACCUUUGUCUCCAGAGUUAGAUUCCUCAGAUGAUUCUUAUGUGUCUGCCGGAGAAGAUCCAAUGGAAGCUCCCAUAUUCGAGGUCCCUCUUCAGGACAUUUUAGCGUCUGCUGGUGCAGAUGUGCUUCUAAAAGCUAUAAUUGCUGGAACGCCUAUACCUGAAGUUACUUGGACAAAGGACAACACUGACGUUUCAAGGAUUGCACAUUAUAUGGUCAAAGUGGAGGGUGAACGGCAUAGUCUGCUCAUAAAAUCAGCAAAACUGAGUGAUGCUGGAAAAUAUUGUGUAACUGCAGUUAAUCAGGUGGGCAGAGCCUCCAGCUAUGCUACUCUAACAGUUAAAGCAGAGUCUGUGCAGGAGCCAAAAGGAGGCCUGGGAGUUCCAAUGGAGAUCAGCAGCCCUAUCACAUCUGAUGAAGAGUAUCUAAGUCCUUUGGAGGAGGCUAUGGAUUUUGGAGUCCAAGAGUCAAGGCGAACUAUUGACUCACAAUUCAGAGAACCACCUUCAUUUCUGGUAACAUUGAUGGAUCAAGCUGUCGCCGAAGGACAGGAAGUGACCAUGUCUGUUCGAAUAAGUGGACAACCCAAACCCAUGCUUUAUUG